AUGCGUGUAUCAACUCUCUUCACUUUCCUACUUCUCCUCAACAUCUUCUGCCUUGUCCACUCGACAAACUACUAUUUCUCAUUCUAUGUCACCCUACACUGCAAAAUUCCCAAUCGACAAUUCGGAUACAAUGCUCAGUUCUUCGAUAAAGACGUGGCUUGGUUUAAUGGUGACGAUGCAAUUACUGAUCCAUAUAUAAAUUAUUCUCUUCCGGGAGAUGCCUUCUUCAAAUCAGAAGGGAUGCUCACUGGAGAUGAGUUUCUGUCAAAAUUUUUCGACCUGAAAAUGGUUCUCUUCCACAAUUGUAACCUAGCGAACGAAGAAGUUCGAGUUGAUAUGAAUCUUCUUCCACUAUUCAAAAUUCCCCAAACACUUCCGGAUAACAAAUAUUAUCAAUUCGAGUUAUCGGUGGAUAUCACAGAAAUGAGUGGAGAGAUUACUAAUACUGGAAAACUGGUUCAGAAUAGAUGA